AUGGCGUCAAGACAAGUGUUUAUGCCUAUUGCACCUUACUCAGGGAAGCCCGCUUUGAAACCUAAAGUUUUAAGUUGGUUCAAUGAUGUUAAGUAUCCUCAAGGAUAUGCUGGAAAUAUAGCUCGAUGUGUUAAGGUGGCGGAACAGAAGAUACAUGGAUUGAAGAGUCAUGACUGUCAUGUUUUAUUGCAACGUCUUCUUCCCGUGGUAAUCAGACCUUAUCUGCAUCGUGAUGUGGUGGAGCCGUUAGUAGCCUUGUCCAGGUUUUGGCAGAGAUUAUGCAGUAGAGAGCUGAAGAAGUUAGAUGCUGUUGAAAUGAAAUCAGACAUUGUCUACAUCCUAUGUAAAUUGGAGAGGAUCUUCCCCCCGACUUUCUUUUCGAUUAUGGUUCAUCUCAUGAUCCAUCUUUCCGAACAAGUGCUUCUUACUAGUCUAGUACACUUUACUUGGAUGUUUCCCAUAGAAAUACAACUUGGUGGGUAUAAAGGUUUUGUUAAAAACAGAGCAAAACCAGAAGGAUCAAUAGCUAACGCAUACAUUCCACAUGAGUGUGUAACGUAUUGCAAGUCAUAUCUCCAUAAUACUGAUGACACAGAGGGCCUCGACCCGGCAAGAACACCUAUUUUCAACCUCUCAAUUGUCUCUGAAGAUAUAAGAAUGUUUGGUAACUUACCUAAUUCAGAAAUUUUAAGAGAAGAUGAGUUAUGUGAGGCUCAUUGGUGGGUACUGCAACACUGUGACGAGGUCAAGGAAUAUAGAGAUGCUCAUUUGGGACUUAAUCAACUUAAGUAUCAGAAUAAGCAUGAAGAGAGGCAUAAGAAAAUGUUUCCUGUAUAUUUCCUAAAAUGGGUAACGAGGAUGCAAGAAUGCCAAGACAAAGAUUAUUCUCCGCAGUUGCAUCAUUUGGCGUGUAUGCCACAAGGACAUAACGUUUAUGCGGCUUGUGUAGUCAACGGUGUUAAGUUUCUCACAGAACGAUUAGAUCAACGCCGAAAGACACAGAACAAUGGCAUCAUGGUAGUGGGUAAGGAUAAUGUUGCAUACUACGGAAUUGUUGUUGCCGUCAUCGAACUACUAUAUCCAACAGGGGGCCGGGUCGAACAAGAUAUUGAGAAUGUGGCUCUUGAACCAUAUCAAGUGCCUUUUACCUCUGACAUCCCCGACACAAGCACAAUUCGCAUCAACAACGACAUCCACUUCACACAAGGUGAGUACAUUCCAAUUUCAGGUUUAGGGUUCGACUUCAGUUCACUACCGUACAUCCCACCUAGUCACGACUUCAUUAACGAUGAAGAUGAAGAUGAAGAUUCAGAUGAAAUUCCUGAGGAUGAUCUAGAAGAUCCAGAUUACGAGGAUAGUGAUUGA